AUGCUCGUACCAGUGAUGAACCCCCAGAGGAUAAAGAAGGUCUGCUGCUGCCUCAUCCUCAGGCUGAACCUCGAACGAGAAGAGAGAAAACCUUCAAACCUAAACAGCCAAAUCAGGAAGUCGUGUGAAACUAAACGCUUCCUGUCAGUCUCAAUCUUGCUUGCCCUUGUGUCCCUUGUCAGUUCGUCGUCGUUGUAUGGUGGUUUGGUUCCUGUUCCCGGUGUUCUGGAUUUCCCUGUUCCGCCCUCCUAUGGUCCCGCUCCUCCUAAGAUCCUCUCUCUGUGGGCGGAGGGCAGCGAGCUGUCUGGGUUCACCGCCCUGUGCCGGGUGCAGGGUUCCCCGCCGCCGGACGUCCAGUGGCUGGGUACCGAGGGGUCCAUGCUGGAGGGGUCCAUGCUGGAGGGGUCCAUGCUGGAGGGGUCCCACCCCCUGGCUCAAGGCUCCAGGGAGCGUUUCCACACGGUGAGCCAGCUGAGGGACGUGUCUCCGGGGCAGCAGUACACCUGCAGCGCCUCAAAUCCACUGGGCAAGGACCAGGCCGUCCUGUACGUGCUGCCCCCCCGACCCCAUGUGGGCGGGGCCUCUACUCCCCUGUUGCUCCUGCUGUCCCUGCCUCUGGGGGCCAAGGUGCUCCUCCUCCUCCUGCUGGGGGGGGUGUGGGCGGUGCAUGGCGUCCGCUGCUGGAGGAAGUAA